AUGAACUGCCUGCCGCUGCUGCUGCUGCUGCUCUCUUCGCGCAGCUCUUUCGACGCGCUGCUGCUGCUGCUACUGGCUCGCGCUGCAAGCUCCACAGCCUUCCCUCAGCCGAGGCGGGCCAAGCGCGCCCGCUGGACCUUCUUCUUCCUCUUCCUCCUCAAUACCCCUUCCAUCUCUUUCCUCCCUCCCACUCUCCAAGACUUAACUUGUAGGGACAGGUAGAGGGACUGGCCGACCAAAUCCGACUAAAGAGGAGAGGAGGAGAGGUCAGGGUCCAAAAUGGAAGCCCAGCUGUUUCCUGCUCCAAAGGCGCUCUCUGGCCACCAGGUGUUGGGGUGGGUGUGUUUGCAAAGUGGAGCUCUCCUCCUUUUUUAAAUGCUUGGGGUGAGAUUGGCAGGCAGGGCCAGGAGGCUAGUAGUAGUUCGCCUGGGGGUUUUCUCAGUGGCAGGCUGGCUCAAUGGACGGGGGUCGGCCUUGCUGCCAAGGAGGAGAGGGCUCGUGUGCCUUUAAUAAUAGCUUUGUGUGGGGAAAGGAGGAUGCAAGCAGGAAGUGGAGCAUGACAAGUUGCACCUGCCCAAAUUCAUCUCUGAGGAGGGCUGCCUGCCUGUGCAGCUGGGCAUCCCUCAUGUAGCUGUGCUCUCUUGCAGAAAGGCGUUUCUUCUGCUCUUAAAAGCCACACACCUUUUUGGCUUGCAGGGCUGGCCCAAGGCAUUUUGGUGCCCGAGGCAAAGGGUCAAGUGGCAUCUCCACAGGCACAGAGAUGCACAGCUUCCAUGCGCAGAACUGAAUGCAACUUCACCAACAGCACCUGAGAGUAUAGGGGACGGCGAUAGAGUGCAAUUCACACACCGCAUUUGCUGCCUCCCUCUGCUCUGUUGAGUAGGGUCAGCUCUGCUGACUUGGAAGACCACCUCCUGGUGCUAAGGUAGAGAAAGAUCUGUUGUGGUUACUUCUUACGUAACACAGUGAAAUGCGUUUGAUGGCCGUGACUUAGUAAUAGAACAUCUGCAGUGCAUGUAGAGGUUGCAUGCCAAAGAUCUUAGGCUCAGUCUCCAAUUAGCAUCUCAAGUUAAUUACCCUGUCUGAAAAAACUGGGGAGCCACAGGUAAUGUCACUCCUGUUGUUGAUAACAUCAAAAUGUUAAAGUGUGACUGUUCCCUCUGAUUAACCACUGGGUGGUUAUUCAUCUAUAGUUAUCAUUUUGCCCAGUCCCCUCCUGGACUUUAAUUAAAGGAAAAUAUUUGCACUUUGCCCUCUGGGUUGCCUAUGUUAACUCCACAUUAUUGCAGUGAAAACCACACAUUGUUGAUUUUAACCUAACCAGUCCAUUUAUGGCCAACCUCCAUUCCCAGGAUCAAUCCUUGUCUUUGGACAAAUUAUUAUGCACUUCUGCUUGUCUUGUUGUAGGGCGUCCAUUCUCCCCAGUAUUCAAUAUUGGCUCAUCCCUUUCUGGGUUAGAGUACUUGUUCUUUAAUUCUUUAACACGAAGUCCUAUUCCAGCAUUAGUUGCAGGGGUAAGACUAGGGCAGGGGUGGGUGGGGUGCACUCAUAUGUUGACUAGUCGUGCCCCAUAGCAUCCCAUGUAUAUAGUAUGGAUGUCUGCAGGGAGGGAGCCUUCACAUACACUGAUAUAUGUGUGAACACUCCUUCCUUGCACAUACACACUGUGUACAUGGGCAGCAGGGAGUGAGGCUACUCCCCACUUUUUGGUUUUAGCCAUGCAUAAAAUGCCUGACUGUAAGAUUGUAGUGAACAUUAGUCACACUCAGAGUAAACCUAUUGGAAUUGGAUGUCUCUAAGGUCCAUUCGUUUUGAUGGCCCUACUCUGAGUAGAACUUGGUUGGAGCAGGACAACACAGAGGAUCACUAAACAAAACUCCAUUCACUGUUUAAGCAGCCUGUAGUGGACACCACCAGUUUUGAAUAUUUUUAUUGCAAAGCAUGGUAAGGUUUAUGUAAAACACUUAUUCUAAGCUAUGAGUUUGCUUUAAAAGAAUUGUGGUUUGAAGAAAGUUCGCUACUGCAAGAUAUGUAACUUCAGAUGGCUAAACUGAAGUAGAAACAAACAAAAAUGCAAAGAUAGGCAAUACGGAAAGGACACGAUGAAAAAUGGAGCUGCUGAAAGUUAAAUUGUUGAAUUCUCAUGGGCUGUGCAAGCCAUAUGGCUGGAAAGAGAGUAUGUAGUUUUUUAAAAAAGAAACCCUGGGAAAAUGACUGUAUUGAAUUUACAUGGAAUGAGAAACAUACCUCUGACUAAGACAAUAACAUAUGGCAGAAAGUGACAAGACAAGGUAUUUAUCAUUAUCAUUAGUUACCAUUUAUCAAAAUAUAUUAGAAAUUAAAUGUAGUUUCUGUUGUUUGCAAGUUACUGAACUACACUGUUAAGGCAAUGUAAAUAAAAAUGCAACAUUUUUAUCAACACUGAUGAUACAAAAUACAUUAGGAAUAAUUUUAAAUCCUCUAUCCUAUCCCCUCAAAGAUGGGAAAUCUUUUAUAUAGUCAGCUGGUACCCCGAACUCCCAUUUUCACUCUAACAAUGGGAAACUUAGCAAGAGGAAGGUGUCACAACCCCCAAACUACCCACUCCUCACCUUUUUUUGUUUAUGAAAACAACGCACCCAUCAUAGUGUUACAGAUGGGCCCAUUCUGAAGGCUCCAGGUUUGAACCUUAGCAUAAUCCCUAGAGCUGAAAAAUAUCACCUGAUACCUUAGCGAGAGCUGCUGCCAUUCAGAACAGUCAGUACUGAACAGUAGUUCAAUGACUCUAGCAUAGGGGAGCAACAUGUAUUUAUAAAGCCUAUCCAAGUGAGUUCUCCACAUGACAGAUGCCAUGAAACCCGUUUACUUUAGGAGAAAGUGGAUAGAGGCUUUUUUCUCCGUUUCAAAUGAAGCUAAAGCGUGGGAGAUUCAAGACAGACAAAAGUACUACUUCAGACACAUGGUUAAAUAAUGGGAUUUGCUGCAACAAGAUGUGGAGGGAAGUGACUAUUAAUGGCUACUAGUGAUGAUGGCUACAUUCUGCUUUCAGGAUCAGAAAUGGCAUGGCUCUGAGUACCAACUUCUGGGCAACAACAGAGGAAAGUGGCUAUUGUACUCAUAUCCUAUCAGGGCUUUCUGUAGGCAUUUGGUUGGUCAGUGUGGGAACAGAAUGCUGGACCAGAAAGGCCUUUGGUCUUACCUAGUAGCAGGGCUCUUUUUGUGUUUACGUUAGCAUAUACAUCAGUUCGGUCAUGUGCACUGUCUCCAUGCCUGUACCAGGAACGUGACUGAGCCAACGCACAUGUAGCAUAUGGUUUUCUACUGCAUGAUGGCAGCCUUGGUUUAUGCAAGCUAUUUAAAGACGAGGUUAGUAAGGGAAUACAUUUAGAACAACAGGAAAUCUUCUGCAUCAGCUUCAAAAGCUUCUACCGUGGGGAGAAAAUUAAAGCUUACAUGUGUCAGUUAUGAUUUACAAGUAUUUUUUUAAUGGAGUGUGAACUAGUAGAAUAGAUGAACAAAACUUUGAUAUCAAAGCUUACCACUGAGCAGUCGUUGUUUUUUCUGAAACUGACAGCAAAAAAAGAGACUAAAAUCAAUAUUGGCAUUGGUUUGGACCACUUAUGUGCUGAAUACAAUCAAUUAGAGAACGUGGAAGGAUUUUUAUUUAAAGAGAGGCAAUGCAAAACAAAAGAAACCACACAGAUAUAUAGUUCAUUCAAAGGUGGUGGUGGGAGGGAAUCAUCGCAGUAAAUCAAAGUGUUAUUGAAUAGCAAGUGAUUGUAACACAGGACUGUGGCAAAAACAACAGCUACAGAAACCUUAAAAUAGAUACCUUUUAUUAUGUUUACGUAUGCAUUGCUUGCACUGGCUGCCAAUUCAUUUCCAGGCCCAAUUCAAAGUGCUGGUUUUGACCUACAAAGCCUUAAAUGGCUCAAGAUUGCAAUACCUCAAGAACUUCCUCUCUUCACAUGAACCUACGGGGACCCCAAGAUCAUCAUCUGAGGCCCUUCUCUGUGUACCUCUUCAAGAGGUCCAGAGGAUGGCAACACAAGAAUGAGCCCUUUCUGCAAUAGCUCCCCAUUUGUGGAAGGCCUUCCCCAGGGCGGUUCAGCUGGCACCUUCAUUAUACAUCUUUAAGGCGCCGUGUGAAAGUGUUCCUUUUUAACCAGGCCUUUGGCUGCUUGACAUCCAAUGCCCUUUUAAAUGUGUUUUGGGAGGGGCUGGGGGGGCGGUAUUGGUUUUUGUUCUUGCUUUUAUUAUGUUUCUUCGUCUUGUAUUUUUAGAUUGCGAACCGCCCUGAAGUCUACAGAUGAAGGGCAGUAUACAAAUUUAUUCAUAUAAUAAUAGGUGGAGCAGGUGUCUAUUUUCUAGUAGAAACUCCUAGUAAGAUCACAUCGGUACACUUAUGUUCUGCUUCAAUUUCCUUCCUUCGAAAAGGAAGCAAGCGCCACUCCUUAAUUUGCAUUUGCAUGUUUACAGGGUGUAGAGAAGAUCCAGGGUUCACAGGGUAUGUAUACAAAGAUAUUAGAAUGUCUAUAUAGAACCUGGGUGGGGCUAUUUGACCACAGAUUUCGCAGUGUACUUGUUGGCAAAGUAAACCCAGCUGAUCUCUUGCAGAAAGCAACAGUACUUGUUUCACCCACCAACUAUGCUCAUGUGCUAACUUUGGCUAAUUUGUGGGAUGGGGGAAGAUGAGCAAUAUACAUCCCUUUAUUUUGCAAUACCUUUAUCUGGUCAACUUCUUGUUAUGAUCUGAACAUAAUCCAGUGUUCUGUUCCUACAGUGGCCAACUGCAAGCAGGACCUGAACACCAGAGCUGAUUUUUUCAUUACUUCUCAUCUUGCAGUUGCAGUUAUAUGUAACAUGACAUUGUCCUAUAAUUAGGCUUUGGAACUUCCCGAGUGCCAAAAUAUCAAUUGAAGCCUUGGGGAAGAUAUCAUGGGGUCACUUCUCUCAUUAGGUAUUUUAGGAAGUGCAGGCACCCAGGGAGGCUGCAGGGUGCUGGAGAAAUAUCUACCGGGAGGGGGGCACACACAGACCACCCUUGGCCUCCUCACAAUGGUAAGAUCAAAACCCCAUAUUGACAACAGCAACAACAACAGCAACAAUAAUCCCCAAGUGCCCUAAGAAAGACAGAAAAAUGGAAGCCUCUUUCAUAAGACAAACUGGAUAACAGAUUUUGGAACAGCACUGAUGAUAACCAUCUUUAAGAAUGGAGUCAAAGUGUACGGGGCUGACUGAACUCUUAUUUGGGAUUGUUUCCACCCGUCUUGCUUGCUAAUGCAGAUGUGCUUGCCAGCAUGAAGAUAACUAUUGUGGAUGGAAUUCAUAUCCACCUUUGCUGAUUUAGUCUUCCCUCAUAAUUCACGCUAAUGGCCUCAGGAUGUUCCAGGAUUAAUUGCUACACAUGUGACCUCAGGAACACUUUGCACCAACUUCACCUGGCAAGACCACUGUGUUCUUUGGUUGGCUGGUCUAUAUGGGACAUGCUUUCAGUCACCUAUAGGCAGUGGAGGCUGCUGUUAGGGAAAAUGGGGGACGGCCCCACAAAUCUCAGUCUGUCCCCAUCAGCUUGCCUUCUUAUUUACAACCAGUUCAAGGAGUGGUGGCCACCUGUCAGCAGCCUUUGUAGAACAUCAGUAAGGAGGAUGGAGACAAAAGUAGAAUUAGUUCUGCGUGGAUCCUUCUUCCAGGAAGCAUGAAGAGGAAGACACUGGGAGGAAGGAAACAAAAUGCUACAGGGAGCCUGCUAAGCUCCACCCCCACUGGCAACCUGAGCUUGUUAACCCUUUCAUGCAUGCAAGUGUGAGUCAAUAACUGUAUAUUACAAAUUUAUUUGCAUAAUUAGCAAUUAAUAUAAUAUGGUAUAUUGCUACCACUCAAAAAAAGAGAAAAGAAUAUUGAGUGCACAGAUGUGCACUAAUAUGUUAGGGACGCCGGUGGCGCUGUGGGUUAAACCAUUGCUCGGUCCCAGCUCCUGCCAACCUAGCAGUUCGAAAGCACGUCAAAGUGCAAGUUCCUGCUCCAACGGGAAGGUAAAUGGUGUUUCCGUGCGCAGCUCUGGUUCGCUAGAAGCGGCUUAGUCAUGCUGGCCACAUGACCUGGAAGCUGUACGCCAGCUCCCUCGGCCAGUAAAGCGAGUUGAGCGCUGCAACCCCAGAGUCGUCCUAUGGUCAGGGGUCCCUUUACCCUUUACCUAAACUUAGAAUAGAAUAAUAGAAUUGUAGUUGGAAGGGACCCCAUCUCUUGCCAGAAGACCUUCCUGAAGGAAGCAGAGUUCAUGUUCAAAGCCAAAAACUUCCUGAUGACACCCAGUGGUUUACUUUCAGUAUUUCUCUCUCUUCCUGGGCCACAACCUUCAACAGGAAGGAAUGAUGCCCCAAGGCCCUUCAGCAUCCUGCCCAGAGUCCUUUGCUAUAUGUUAAAGAUUGUGUCUGGCAGUAUCGUUUAUACCCACAUGAAUCAAAAGGAAGGGUUUUUGGUCAGUGGGCUUUAUAAGACAUGGCAACUUCUCUGUCACAUCAUGAAUCUUUGCACCUGGAAGACAGCACACCUCCUGGGACCCCCUGUUACCCCUGCCCACCGCUGCUUCUGUCCCCCUCGGUAGGGAGUCACCUACCACCACCAGACGUCUCUUCCUUCUGGCAGUAAUUGUUUUGUACACAAUACCUUACAAACCACCUCAGAGUGUUCUGAGGUCUGCAACUGCUGUUCUUGCUCCUCUGGUCCAGAAUCAGAAAUUAGAUCACUGGCAGGGUCCUCUAACCUGGACAUAUUUCUGGGCCUCUAACCUGGACAUAUUUCUUCCAAUCCCUGCAUUCAGGCCAACAUAAUGAGCUAAUCAAGAUAUUAUUAAGAUAGGUUACAAAAGCAGGAGUCUUAUGGCUUGAUAACUUCCUACUCCUUCAUCUCAAAUUGCUUUUUUUCAAACUGCAAUUCUCCUUUUUCUGAAAUCAUUUCCUUGGUAGGUAGCAUACAGGUUAUCAGAAUACUCAUCCACUGUCAGUAGCUUUGGAUCUGAAAGGCUUAGGUCAAAAAUGGAAAACUAUUCGUCCAUCCCCUCCCAUCUCUUCCUCCUGUGGGGGGUGGCAGGAAUCAUUCUGUGCACUGUAUCUUCCACAGCCAUCUCGGUGUGUCUUGAGGUUGAUAACUGCUGUCCUAGCUCCUCUAGCCCAGAAAUGGUGUCCAAGGUGAGGGCCUGGGAUCCAUUUUGCAGCUCCAGUGACACAGCAAGGCUUUCGAUAGCCUUGCUUCUGUGCAUCAUGUUCUUCCAAGGGUUUCUCUCCUUCAAUGGGUGAUCUUCCUCCUCUGUAGAGGCACUUCACCUGUGUUGCUGUUCCAACACAGUCCACGCGCCUCUAUCUAGAAAUUCUGCAUCUUGCCCAGUAGUUCAAAGUGUGGAUAGGCUUCUUGGGACUUCUCACCAUAAUGAAACACAGAGGAACAUAAAAUACAUUUUAACUCUAACUCUAGGAGUGGUGCCACAAAUUAAGAUGAAUGCAUUCAUCUUCCUGAAAGGAAAAGAUUGCAGAAAUGUUUUCAUAACAGCAGCAGUGGGUUCAGAAGAUUUUCUACAAUACUUGGAGAGGAAGCCAGCAGAUGUUAAUAUCCUGCUCAACUCACAGCAGAGGUAAAUUUAUUAUUCCCCCCACUCACCCGCCCCCACCUUAAGCAUUCAAGCAUAUUCCUGUGUAAUUUUGCCAAAUAGUUGCAGUUUACCAAGGGGGAGAAAAUGGGAGAUUGAGAUUCUUCUAGAUUGAGCCUCAGUGAGAUAUAAACAAUAUUGAUUUUUAGUGAUGACGAGUAGCUUGUGAGGUGCUAUUUUAUCCCCUAGGCCAUAGCUAAAUGAUAAUGGCUUUUACAUGUUGCCAAAGAAGAGCAGUUGGAAAGGAGCUUUGAAAGGGAGUUGCAUUUUAAGUCUCAGACUGAACUGCAGUUAGCGAUUACCUGGGAGAAUAGCUGGAAAUAAGGCGUGUGGUUAAGUGAAAAUGCUAAUGCUUAGUGAGAGUUAACUGAAGACCUAAGCAUCUGUUUAGUGUUUACAUCAGCACAUUUUGAGAUGAGCCAAUAUUAACAAAAAGCCUUCAGGAAUUAACAUGCACGGAAAUUUCUUUUGUUAGAUGGCCUCCUCUCUAGAGAAAUCAGACUUCAGAAGCAUGGAGAUCAGUUCUAGCAUGACUUGCCUUUAUGAUCUAGAAAGCUUAGGGUAUGGGUGGAGAACCUGUGGCCUUCUAGAUACCUGUUGGCUUAGUAUUCCCAUCAGCCCCAGCCAGCAUGGUCAAGGGACAGGGAUGAUAAGAGCUGUAGUCAGACAACAUUUAGAGUGCUUCCCCGUUCUUCAUCUCUGGUUUACAGAGAGAGAUAGCUGUCUGUGCCUCAGUUACACAGGCCCUGGUUGUUUCCAAACUAAGUUAUUGCUAUGUGUUCUAUGAAGGGCAGCUUUUAAAGACAGUAUGGAAACUUCAGCUGGUACAAAAUGCAGCUAUUCAGAUACUGGUGGAGGCCCAGUGGUUGGAGCAUAUAGCAUUAUUGCUGGAACAGCUGUAGUUGUUGCCUAUUUGUGCUGAUAAUGCCCUUUAAAGUUCUAAACUUUCUGGGACCAAGCUAUUUGAAGUACCACCUCUACCCAUAUGAAUCUGUGCAGGCCUUAAGGUCAGCCUCAGAACCCCUGUUUGCGGACCUGCAGCAAUCUAAUAGACUGGUGGGUAUGAAAGAUGGGGCCCUUUUGGUAGCGACUUCAAAGAGAGUUAAGAGAUUGAGGUUCUGACUACAUUACACAGCAAGUGAAAGAAAAGAUUGCAGACAUCAGUGCUGUAGCCAACACAGAAGCACUAUAUGAAGAAAGAGGAAAGGAUGAAAGAGGUAGGAAAAUGGUGGACAGAAAACUAUGGGAGUGAAAUUAAUCCAAAGGAGAGAAGUUAAGAUAACUAGCCAGACACACAGGCUGAGUUUCAGAAGCUUGACUCAUCAGUAUGAGUUUUAAAAAAGGAGAACAGUGAGACAAACAUCAUAAAGUUUGCAAUCUAGGCAAUUUAUCCUUAACUCGACUUGAGGGAUUAUCUGGAGAUAAAAAAGGAUUUUAACGUAAUAAAACCAAGACACAUUUUACGAUCCUAUCAUCAGGAAAAGGAUGCAACUGAGCUCUACUUAACAACUGUCAAAAGUAGUACAAGAACCUCAAGAGAGUCUCCAAGAUUUCUUAAUUAGAGAGCUGGACCCAAGGAAAAAAGUCCUGUUUACCUCAAGCCUAAUGUAUGAUCCCACCAGACAAAACGUUCUGCUCCAUUCCAUCCUUAAAGGACUACAGAGUUAAUAUUUGGCUUAUGUUACAGCCUUAUAUAAAAGGACAGCCAAUAUUGUGUUUGAAAAAAGGAAACACAGUUGUCAGUGAUGAAAUAGAGACACAGCAGAAAUAGGAAAAUAGAAUGUGUGUUGUGACAGGGGGAAAACUGCAGCAGCGGCUCGCUGCUCAAGUUCAUGGAAAAGUAUAACCCUCUGCUGAAUGAGAUAAGGGAACUGAAAGCAAGCUCUGAAGAAAUUAAAGAUAUAAAAGCCGAAAUUAAUUUCCCAAAGUAAUCUUUUCAGAGUACCAACCUACCUGCCAAUAGUAGAAAAGGGGAGGAGCACUGAUAAAUACAACACCAAGCAUAGUUUUUAGGUGUUGCCAAUAAGCAAUAAACAGCUAGCACCAAAACAGGGACCAUCUAGAACCACAAAUCACAAGAAUGUGCUAUAUCUUAACUCUGAUUAUUCUGACAGUCUCAUGUGCCCUAGAUGAUGAGCAAACAGCUCACUUACAUUAUUUCAUUGGAUCUAAGGCAUUUAGAUAUUGAUUUGUCCUUAGCAUCUCUAAGUGGUAAACAUAAAAAAAAACACCAAGCAGGGAAAACAAUAAAAAGAAAUAAAGCCAGACACUACCUUUUAAGUUAUGAUGCCCACCUACCAGAGACAGGAUGUUUUGUGGAUAGGACCCUUGAUUCUGAUUUCCCUUCUCUGCCACUCCUGUUACAGCCAGUGUGGCUCAGCUUUAGACCAGCUUGAUCCAGAUGAAGAAGUGAACUUGGAUGUGGCGAUAAAGCUGGCCAUGGGGCUUUUAAGGCCCUCAGAAUGCUGCGGUCAUAACACCAGAGACAAGAACCACAACCAACAGUGGACAAUCAGUUUGGGACACCCUCAUUCUUCUGCUUUUCUUCAACCGUGGUACAAAUUAGUGGGCCUUGAUAUAAAAAUCAUACAUAAAUAAAUCCAGCUAUUGCCAUAUUACUGGUCAGGAUACAGGAGAUGGUUUUAUUCUUUUCUGGGAGAAGAAAGUUAAUUAGAGUUUGUGUUAAGCUUCUGUUAUUUAACCUAUCUUAAGCUUUUUCUUCCGUUAACUUGUGGGGAGAGGCAGGCAGAUUCCAGUGAAGUUGACUAAAUUUAUGUGACUGUUGUACUGUUUAGGCCUCCGCUGAAGUGGCUCUGAAUCAAUAAAAGAAUGAUUUGUAUCUCCCUGGACUAUAGUAUAACUUAUACCAUUAGGAUUUAAAUUUCCCACCACUAGAAGUGAGAGUGAGCAGAGGGCCCUGGCUUUUAAGUUAUGCUAGUACAGUGGUACCUUGGGUUACAUACGCUUCAGGUUACAGACUCCGCUAACCCAGAAAUAGUACCUCGGGUUAAGAACUUUGCUUCAGGAUGAGAACAGAAAUCGUGCUCUGGCGGCGCAGAGGCAGAAGGCCCCAUUAGCUAAAGUGGUGCUUCAGGUUAAGAACAGUUUCAGGUUAAGAACCGACCUCCGGAACGAAUUAAGUACUUAACCCAAGGUACCACUGUAUUCCUGCCAGCGAUGGUAAUGCUUUUAGGCAUUUCAGCACCUUUUCCCCUCUGCAGAGGCAAGAGACCUAUUAGGAUGGUCUGUCCUCAGGGGCUGAUGGAUCCAGUGGAUUUCCAGGCGGCUCUGGGGGGUUUUUCUGGCUGAUAUGACUGGCACUCCUGUCAAAGCUCUGCUCAACAACUGGAACAUCCGAAUGGCUCAGGUUGUUGACGCAAUCACCCUUGAGCGCCGUCUCCUGCUUCGUGGAGCCCGCUUGGAUCCCUGGUAUACGCCAGAGCUUAGGGUGAGGAAGCAAACUGGGGAUCGCUCUUACAUGAGUAGAGGAAAAGUUGGGUCAGAUGCAAAUGAACACUGGUCAAGCAAGAAGAGAAAGGCAUUUGAAUAUUCCUGAGUUCCCAUACUAUCAAGCAUUGUUAGGAAGAGUACCCCUUUGUGGAUUGAUUUACAGAGAUAGCAGCCAAGACCAACCAUAACCUUCCUGCCAUGCACACCUCAGCAUUAGCUUUCCAGGCAGUAUGGAGAUUUCUGGAGUCAAAGAACCAAGCUAUGGAAUAUUUUAAAACAGCAGCGAGGCAGAGUAGCACAACAAAAUGCUUCACAACAAAGGUCUCCUGUAAACUGAUCUUGGAGAAGAUCCCAAACUGGCCACAGUAGAUCAACUGAAUGACACUGAAUGGGCACAAUGGAGGCAGAGAAGUAAUAUCAAUUUUCUGCCAUAGCCACCACCCAAUAAACUCUAAAAUGUGUUCUGCACUAUGUUCAGUUGUGUUUCAUCUUAUUUUCUUCCAUUUGUACUUUAUCACUUAGGAAACAUUCAUACUUGCAUUUGUAGUUAAAAAAAAAAAAUCCACAGAAAAACCAAAUGUUUAGAACAAGCCUCCUAUCAUUGCUAGCAUCAGCUCAAGUAAAGAGUGCUGGAGAAAUUUUCCAGUGUUCUAUUCAGAACAUGGAAACAGUGAUUAGUCCUACAAAUCUGCAGAUAACGCUCCUUCUUGACAGUAUGAACAAUAGACUCAUUUUAAAGCAGAAUGGCUUCCAUUAGUCAUUCAAAGGAACAAAACCAAGAAGGAGAGUCAUGUUGCAUGCAAGACAAGAAUUUCAAGCUAUUUUGUUUUAGAUUAGUGAUACAGUUCUGUUGGUAGCAGAAUUCUGAAAUUUUGUUUGCAUCAGCAAAAGGCUGAAGGAGACAAAUCCCAGCAAGACUCCUAGGACAACAAUGAAAAAUUAAUAAUUUUCCGCAAAAAAUGCAAGAAACAGACAAUACUGGGUAUAAUAAAGGAACAAUCUUGAGUCAAGUCUAUGGGUGCUUUGUAUGUAAAUAGUUCAUAUGUUCUAUAUAGGAAAUGUGGAAUAGAAGCUAUUUGGAAAGAUAGGAAGUGACGCAGAACAGGAAGUACCCAAAACUCCCCUUAGUCCCCCAGCCUUUGACAAGACUCAAGAGAAUAAACUGAAAAUGAUUAUAAUUUGAAGACUAGGCUAAUUGGUUUUAGUGGUUUUGCUAAGCUGGGAAGUUCAGUUUGGGUCUGAUGUGCUUCGGGAUGCUAAAUGCCCAGCUUGGGUUUGUAUUAAAGUAACUGUUGCAUUGAGGAGUUGGAAAAACAAGUAGAACCAUUCCAAUGGGAUAUCAUUAGGAACAAUCCAGUUCAUUUGGGGUAGCACCUUUUAUCAAUGAGAUAUGGCAGGAUAAGAAAAGAAUUCAGAGAAUGGCAAGAAACAAAGUUCUAAGGAAAAGCUGGAGGAACUUGUUACACCUUUUAAUGUUAGGUAUGGUUUUUUUGCAUGUUCUUUUUAUGGCUCUUUUGUGGCUGUCAGUGAGUGCAUGAAUCAACUUUCUGCUUUCUCUCCAGAAAACAGAGAGGUAAUUUCAAAAAGUGACAGCACUUUUUGAAAAACAGCAACUGUGAUGUAGGUGCAGGGAUGGAAAGGAAACCAAAGAAAUAAAAUGCAUGCUGUAUUUGCUAGAACUUAAAGAGCUCCCAGAAUGCAUGAGAAAUGAUGACGGAACUUGCUAAGAAGACAGUCCCUAAAGACGAUUCCCAAUUAUGCUUUCCUGCAGCAGUAAACACAGGCCGAAGUAGGAAGGCAUUCACUCCACAUCCCACCCCCAAAAUUCCCAAAAUGUACUCUGCACAGGCCCAGAUGGCCAAUGGAAGGCCACCAGUUACAGGUAAGCAACCUGCUUUGGGGGGGGGUGGACUUCUGCUUUUCCCCAAUCUUAAAACUAUAGCAACAUUAAUUCCAUUGCAGACAAAAUUGGUUCCCGGUAGACUAGCUCUGGUCUCAUAAGAAGCCUGCUGGAAUGUGGAGCAAAAGAGAAAGAAAAUGACUACAAGGGAGAUGUUUCUUUGUGGGUGUCCUUUUGCUAGAUUGGCAUCUGCUUCUGCCUACAAGGCCACAGACCAGGGAUGGGAAAACUAUGGCUCUCCAAAUGUUGUUGGAUGACAACUUUUUGACCAUUGGCCAUGCUGGGUUGGGCGGAUGAGAGUAAUAGUUCAACAUCAUCUGGAAAGCCACAAGUUCCCCACUCCUACUGUAGACAAAGAGGUACCAUUUGCCAACUAAGACAAAUGGAAUAUUUGCACUGGCAUGUGAAGAUGUAAACCUGUGAAUGUGCAUGCAGUAGCUGGGGGAGACUCUAUUACAGAAACCUUUUUAAAGAUUCAGAAUGUCAUAAAUAUGCUAUCAGAAUAAGUCAGUAGGAGUACCUAUCUAUACUGGUGAUUGCAUUAGCUUUCAGAAAAUAUUACUCUGUAUUCAAUAACGGUAUGUGAAAUACCAUAUUAAAAAUUAAGUUAAGACAUUUCUUACUUAACAGUUACAUUGGGUGAAAGAUUUUGGUGCUGAUCAAGCAUGCCUCAUGUGACUCAACCGAUGUUUGCAUAGUGAUUUAAUGUAAAGAUCUGGAUGCCAUUCAAAAGAGCUUUUUUUAAAUAUAUACAAAAUAUAACUCAAGGAUCUAAGCCAUAUUUAAAGCAAUGUACAAAAAAUACUUUAGCAUUUAAAAGUGUUUCUUCACAAUUCUUACAAAAAUGAAUGUACAAUUUGAUUUUGUCUUUAAAGAUUACCUAUGGAAGCAGUCUCAUGACAAGGAAGCACAAAGCAAAGCGGCGUGGUUUUCCCACUCAAGGCAAAACACUGCACAGUUAA